GCGAUACUUUAUUUUAUUAAUUUUUUUCAUGUAUAGCAAAUGAAUAAUACUUUGGCUUAAUUUUUUUUUUUAACAACAACUGCUAUGGUUUAUUGAUAAGGUGAAAAGUAAAAAAACAAUGAAAUAGACUUUUGGAGUUCGUAAACGUGGGAACAACGGAAUUAAUAAAGAUUUUUGACGUUGGAGAAAAGAAGUUUGUGCCUUCAAAUUAGUUGUUUUUACAAAAUAGAAAGUUGUUAUAAGUGAGUUAUUUUCAAAAAUGUUGCGUUCAAUGAUAAACUAUGGUUUUAGUUUUAUUAUUAUGGCAAACCAAUUAAGUUGCUUCUUUAUUGAUCGAUCUCUAUACGGUGAUUUUAUAAUUGGAAAUUCAACCAUCUGCUCUGGACCAAUGUUUUGUCUCUGUCCAAACAGCACAUUUCUCUCCUAUAACUACUCAUCGCUCCAUUGUGGAAACUCAUUAGAAGGUUGCAGCCUAAAAGUGGAAGGAAGCUCUACGGGAAUACACACAUUAUAUGGAAUGUCUUCCUACAAUCUAACAAUCAUUUCCAAUCAAAAUGAUUCGGUGUGCAAAACCGAACCAAUAGUCGAGCCUAUUUUUACGCAAGAUUAUCAAAACUCGAUGAAAUUUCUCCCAGACUUUAGCCCUUAUUUAAAACAAGGUUUUUUUGCUUCUAUCAUAAACACUACUAAGGUUCAAUUAAAAGUUAUGUUACAUUUAAAUGGUCUCUUAUUAAAACUGUUUAUUAACUGCGACGGCAAAGAACAGUGUGUUGCAAUCAAGUUUGAAGGACAGUCGGAAUAUCCUAUGACCGAAAGUUCAAUUGCAAAUGCAACAGGGUUUACAACUCCAAUCCCUGUGACAACAACAACAAAAACAACAACAACUGCGACAACAGGACCAAGUACAACAGUUCUUACCACCAUUUCUAUUACAACAUCAGGGUUAAAUUCUACAAUGUUAGCAACGACUACAACAACUAAUACAAGUUUACCAAACACUUCCGAAUCGACAACAUCUGCGAGGUCAAAUUUAUCUACAAACUUAAUCAGUACUUUAAGUCCAAAUACUACGACAAGCAUAAUAACUGAUAUUCCACUAAAUAAUGGAAGUUUUAGCACUAAUAUCAGUACUUCAAGUCCGAAUACUACAACAAACGUAAAAACUGAUACUCCUCUAAAUAAUGGAAGUUUCAGCACUGUUAGCAGUUCAAACUUUACUACUACUAUCAUAACUACACAAAACGAAUCCGCAUUUACCAAUGCAACAACGGUUGUAACUAUAUCAACAGAAAGUAGUGAAACUUUAACGACAACCGUAAUAACAACUAAUAAUAAAUCGAAUGGAACAACAAACCUUCCAGCAAAAAGCGAUGCUAUUGUAGGAAAAACGAGUUACAUUGGUCAGAUUAUUGUUGGCAUAGCAGCAUUCUUAGUUCUACUUGUUAUUGUUCUUAUACUUGUUCUUGCUUACAAAAAGAGAAAAGAAAAGUCAUUCUUUAGAAUCCCUCCAACGACUCCUGCUGCUCUGGAUUCAAUAGAGGGUCCACAAAACAACCAUGCCUCCAUUAUCCGAAUGGAAAGUAAUUCUCUAAGUACAUUACCAUCUACAUUAAACAACUUUCAGGUAAAGUCAAACCCUUUAUAUGAUAACUAUUAUGAACAACCUACCCAAAACAUGGAAGGAGAGUCUCCAACCACGGCAAAGGAGACACCAGUGUACCAAACAGUGAAGCCUGAUUUACAUAAUUCUUACAAUAACCCAACAUUUGAGCUAGAUAUUGAAAAAAAACAGAAAAAAAAACGUGUGUUGUUUGCACCACUACCACCACCACCACCACCACCACCACAAGAAAACGAUUAUACUGAAUCAGACGAAAAAAAUUUGAUAGAUUUUCCGUCAAAUAAUUUUAUUAAAAACGACACGGAAAAACAGUUUCAAGGAAGCUCAAGGUAUGAUUACAAUCGAGCUAUUACAGAGAUUUAGCAGAGAUUUGGCAGCGAUAACAUAGAUUAGUUUUAAAUUUACUUAAACAUGCUUGACUCCGUGCUUUCAUAUUAAAUAAUAUUUUUUUAACUUUUUUAUUAUAGUUAUUAAAAAUAAUCACCAUACAAAACAGAAAAAAAAUUCUUCAUGAUAGAUAACAUAUAGAUUCAAAACUUUAAACUUUAAACGUUA